AUGGCAGGUCCAAGCGACACGCAAUGUCUGAGGGUACGUCUAUGACUUUCGCAGCCCCCCCUCGUCUCGCGCGCGCCUCAUCCCCUCUUUCCGUGACCCUCUCGUUGGUGCAGGCGCAGAUUGCGGAUGUCAGAACUCUGGCAGCUCUGCUCAGACCUAUCGCAUUCUCGACUGUGAGUGCCGCGAUCGCAGCGCAAGGUAUAGCAUUAUAUCUUGGGCCUUCUGACAUUGGCUUCGUUGUGCACCAGUUCGCAACCGUCUCGCUGUCCGAGUCCGGCUUGACAUUCACCACGGAGCAGGAUCGUUCUCUGCAAGGUGAGCAGCGCAUGCUAGCGAAUAUGACUCGGCGCAUACAUGUGCUUGCGCCUGCCAAGGACCGACGCACUGAUCAGUCGACUGCGUAUGCGCCACACAGCCAACGCAUACGUUCCAUCCUCUCUCUUUAGCCCAUUCCACUUUCGCCUCGUUCGACCCCCCACUCGCAAACGCAAGCGUCAAGUCCAACCAUCAUCGCGGCCAUCAUCCGCAACUCUGGAAGAGGGCUCGUCAGUGCAAGGCUCGGAGCUGCGCGAGCCCGAGCCUCUGAGUCCAGCAGCUCUUGAGCGAGCCGAAAGAGAAGCUUCUGAGCGAGUCAGAGGAGCACAUCAUUCUCCAGACCAGCAGGAAGAGAGCGGAGAGGAGCAAGAUGAAGAGGAGAGAUCACUCAGGCAGACUAUCGACUUUGACAUUUCCCUUGCUAAUUUCUUGCAGUGCCUGAACAUUUUUGGCGGGGCACCUGCUCUCAACAAGGGCUCGCACUCGGAUCAAGGUGCCGGAAGUACGAGUCGAGAAAGAGACAAGGAGGCAAAUGAUGGGCGAGGGGAUGCUCAGCAGAGAUACUCACGAUCCGGUCACGGAGCAAGGAAAUCAAAGGACGGGAAGGGUAGCGAUGUAGGCAUCACUAGCGCUGCUCUAACGUUCGAUGCGCUCUCCAAAAGAUUGGUGUUGAUGUGAGCCCUGGCUUUCGAACACGCUUCGUUGCGUGCCAUCUGCUGACGUUUCACUUUGCCCGCCAAGCCUGGACGAUGACGGCGGGGCUACGACCAAGUGCGAGCUGGCGAGCUACGAGCCACAAGGAAUCACCGACCUAGCGUUUGAUCCAGACUAUCUGGUCGCGCAAGCCAUCAUGCGCGUGAGUGAAGCUUCGUGCCGACACCUGGACGUGUUGAUUGCGUUCACGAGCGCAUACAUGCUCUCAGUCCGAGCUCUUGGCAGACGCAAUGUCAUCUGUGGACCCAUCGGCGUCCUUUGUAGGUCUGCGCUUCUCACCUCGGUACACAUCUACCGCUUGCGACGCUGCACAAGGAUUCAGAACUGCCACUUCGGUAUCGGCGGGCUUGAGGCCUAGCUUGAGCAGCUCGGUGGUGCUCAGCUCCAACGAUGCAGUCGCCAAGCGUCCAGGCGUGACUCCGCAUCCCACCAUCCAAGUGCUCAAGCUCACGGCUGAUAGCGAUACCGGCACAGUAGAGGCGAGUGCCAGCGUGCUCAGAGAAUUUCAACAGCACUUAGCUCACAUUCACAAAGAAGGGCCCAAAAUAAAUCCUGGCAGAUGGAAUUGCCCAACGAGAGAGGCGUAAUGGAGAGGUUUGUGUGCAAUUACGAUUUGGAGCAGAGGUGAGCGAACAGCGGUUGUAGCGACGACGCGGUGCGGAUCGAUAAUUCCUACCAGACGACCCUGACACGAUGUUAGCUGCUGGGCCCCUUUUUGCGCUGCACCAAGGUACAACUACAAGCACAUGUCGACGACGACACGAGCGCUGCAGACGUCCAUCAAGACUUCCUUGCGCAUCGAUGAGCGCGGUCUGCUUAGCAUGCAGUGUCUCAUGCCUCGCGGACUAGGACGAACCGUGAAUGACGGAGAGGCCGCACCAGGUCGAAGAAAUGACGGCGCAGCGCUUCUCAAUAAUCACGGCUUCAUCGAGUUCACAGUGAGGCAGGAGAGCGCAAAGGCGAGCAAGAUAAAAGUCGAUUGGAGGGCUUUACUGACGCUUACUCACUUCCGAACAGGUGCUUCCCUUGGACGAGGAAAGCCUCAAAUAG